AUGACGUUGGUAAAUUUGAGGGAGGACUUAUGGGAACUUGAAAGAAGAAACUUGAUAUUGUAUGAGGACAAAAAGCUCGGUUCUGGAGCGUUCGGGGCUGUCUACAUGGGUAAACUUAUUGGACUUGCAAAAGGACAUAAAGAUGCUCAGUCAACAUUAGGGGUGAAUCUGAUGAGAGCUGAAAACUGUGACGUUGCAGUAAAAAUGUUGCCAGAGUACGCCGACGAAAUGUCAAAGAGCGAAUUUUUGAAAGAAAUUGCUUUAAUGAAAACGCUUGGUUACCACGAACGUUUAGUUAACAUGUUAGCUUGUAUAACAGAGACCGAGCCCUACUGCCUUAUUGUAGAAUAUUGCUCAGACGGAGAUUUGUUGCAUUUCUUAAGAGAACGCUGCAAGUAUAUGCUAAAGCUAACAGAUGUUGGCGUCAAUUACGAUAACCCACAAUCAGAAGAAGAAUUUGAUGUUGACAUGAUUGUUACACUUAAACAGCUGCUAAUGUUUGCUGUCCAAAUCAGUUAUGGUUUGGAGUAUCUCAGCCAGAAAGGGUUUAUUCACAGAGACGUUGCAGCACGUAAUGUAUUAGUUCAUGAGAGAGUUAAUGCUAAGAUUGGUGAUUUUGGUUUGUGUAGGUAUAUAUAUGCUGAAAGUGCGAAUUAUAAGGCAAAGGGCGGACGUCUUCCUGUCAAAUGGAUGAGUCCAGAGGCUAUCAAGUUUUACGAAUUCACAACUAAAUCUGAUGUAUGGUCAUUUGGUAUUUUAAUGUUUGAAAUUAUUACGCUUGGUGGGUCACCAUAUCCUGGCAUACAACCCGAUGAUAUGAUGGAGUACCUGGAGAGUGGAGGGCGUAUGGAAAGACCGGAUAAUUGUCCUGAGGACUAUUAUGAGGUGAUGAAAAACUGUUGGCAUCAUGAUCCUCAAUGCAGACCCGAAUUUGAAGUCAUCAGACAAAAGCUUGCUGCACAGUUAGAGGAGGUAACAGAUGAAUACUCUUACCUGAAGUUAGAUUCACAACGCGAUUACUAUAAUGUUCCUUAUGGAGAUGUACAGGUAACUAGUAUUUUUGAGCUGAAUUUAUUACUUAAAAUACUUAUAGCCAACGGGUGA